CUAACUUUCUAACCUAAGAUUUAACGAACGUAAAACCCCGUUUCGACACCCAGACGUUUCCAAAUUUAACCACAGCGUAGGUACCUUUUAAUAGAACACGGCUGAUUUUCAUCGUGUGUCGUGUAUUUGUAUUGAAAUUGUGUGUUUUUACGUUUACUGUGAGGAAUAUAUGAUAUAUAAUGGAUAUAUCUACUGAUGUAUGGGGCCAGUUGGCUCUUGAAGCCAGUCAGGUUUAUCUGACUGAAGGUGGAGUCAGGAGUCCUUUCGCUGGCACGACCAUAGAGAAACUUCCCGAUAAAGUGCUACAGAAUAUUUUCUCGUAUUUAAGCCACCGUGAAAUAUGUCGCAUGGCGACAGUAUGCAAGCGAUGGCGGAUGGUGGCAUAUGACACACGUUUAUGGACCCACGUCAGUCUUCGGCCAGAGAUAUCCGGCCUGCAUGUGGGUUCACUGGAAUCUCUAUUGGCAUUAAUAUCUAUAAGAUUCGGCCCUUCACUACGUUAUAUUGAAUUGCCGAUCGAAUUAAUUACACACACAGUGCUGCACGAAUUAGCUGCUAAAUGUCCUAAUUUGACACAUAUGCUAUUGGACUUUAGUACAGCUAUGCAAUUGCACGACUUCUCUGAGAUGCAGGCGUUCCCAACCAAGUUGCGAUACCUUUGCAUUUGCCUGUCUGAAGUUAUCUUCAUGGAGGGUUUCAUGAGAAAGAUAUAUAACUUUAUUAACGGACUGGAGAUAUUGCAUUUAAUAGGAACGUAUGAGAAGGUGGAAGAAGAAGAGGAAGAGAUCUACGAGGUGAUCAACGUGCACAAGCUGAAGUCGGCGACGCCCAACCUUAGGGUCAUCAACCUUUAUGGAAUUAACUUUGUUGAUGACUCGCAUAUAGACGCCUUCAGUUCUAAUUGUAUACAAUUGGAGUGUCUGGCGGUGAACUAUUGCAACAAGGUGACGGGGUCUACUAUGAAGACACUGUUCCAGCGCUCGCGUCGGCUCACCUGCUUGCUCAUGAAUGGAUGCAGUCUACAGUCAGAGUACGUGAUGCAAGUGGAAUGGGAGAAGUCAUCCAUACAAGAGCUGGAUGUGACCGCGACAGACCUGUCUACCGAAUGCCUGAUAGACAUGCUGACAAGGAUCCCUGGGCUACGUUUCCUGAGCGCGGGACAGAUCAACGGGUUCAAUGAUACCGUGCUCAAAGCCUGGAUGGAAGCGGGCACCGCCAGGAACCUGGUAGCGCUGGACGUAGACUCAUCAGACAACCUGACGGACGAGGCGCUGCACCGCUUCCUGUCGCGGCACGGCAGCCAGCUGUGGGGGCUGGUGCUGAGCGGCAUGCCGCACAUCACUGACCAGCUCUGGCAGAGCGUGCUGCAGCUGCUCACCAACGCCAAGAUUCUUAUAAUGGGGACUCAAGAGAGACUUGGAGUUAAUAUCCACGUUGAUCAGUUAAUGGACGGCAUCGCCAACAGCUGCCCUAACUUGGAACGCUUGGAGCUGCGCUGGGAUCCUGAGAAUUUGCGGUUCAGUGACAAAAGUCAAAAGGCCAUUGACAUCCUACGAGUCAAGUGUCUCAAGUUAAAAUGUCUCGUCUUGAGCGAUGGCAGAUACUACGAGAUUGUGAAGGCUAACUUCGAGCGGGCAGACAGACUGACCGUCGUGAGGACGUCGACAAACUGCCAGGUUUCUAACUAUUACUUGCUCUCCAACUACAAGGACCUCAUUUUCAACUAGAAUCUUGUCUUAGCAAUAAAGAAGUAAAUGUGGAGAGCCUAUAAACACUUAAAACAUUUUGUAACGUACUGUUAUUUUAUCAUUAAUAAAAUGUUUCAAAA